AUGCCACUCACUCCCCAGGAGUACCUGGACUGGUGGCUCACCACUGGUCUUGAUCCUCUCAAAGAACUUGUCGACAAAGAGGCAUUGGGAUGUGGUCCUCGGCACGUUGGUUUUGAGCAGACAGUUCAACGAAGACAGCGAGGCUUUGAUAAUGAUGUCGAACUGCAAGAGGCUCUACGGCUGCACGUAAAGCGACUUUCCUCUCACCAGACUCCUGAGGCCUCAUUCAACCCCAGAAACAAACUGAGAGAGCUUACUUUGAACGUCUUUAAGAAACCUGAGGAUGGAGGCCUAGUUCCCGACAGAGUCCUCGAUGGACUCGCUGAUCUCAAUGCUGUCGAACUUCGGCGCCGUCGACUCGUUGUUGAGACGCCUCUUAUUUUUAGAGCCGGCCAUCCUGCCUUUGGAUCGGCGGCAAUGAUCCAAGAGCUGAACAGAAAGGCCACGGAAAAGUUUAACCAGUUUUACAUGGGCUUCAGAGCCUCCGUGAGUAUCUUCCAAAAGCCGCACAUUUGUUCUACUGCUAACCUCCCUUCUCUUCUUCAGAUGGUUGUUGAAGAGUUGAAGCAAGCGAGAGUCACUAGAAAGCCUUCUGUGGAGAUUAUGGCGGUUGUGAAUGCUCUCUUCCCAGCUCAUAACCUUUUGAAAAACUCAGACGACAUUAGUCUUGCUCCAUGCACUGACUCUCUUCUCUGCUGCAUCCGCUUCACGGUUCUCUACCAUCUCUUGGGAGACAACCCGUCGAGCGACAAACAGCAAGCCAUGAUACAAGAGAAGCUGUUUAUCUGGUGCAGCCUACCAAGGUACGAGGCAGCGUACAAAGCGUUCGCUCAAUACAUUGAGGAGUUCAAGACUAUCGAGUCGCUCUGCUUCAAUGUCCUCCAGCUAGCAGAGAAAGAAUGUUCUCGCCGGAAAUCAGGAUCUCGCCGCCCUUCCUUUACCCCAAAUUCCGUGGUCAUGGUCAAAUCCAUCCUCAAAGGUUCUCCCCAGAGCCCCCGCGAGGUGGAAACUCUGGCUGCUUCAAAAAGAUCUUCUUCGCCAGAAUUCGUGGCAUCGGCACCCCCUGUCCCCAAUCCCCUGCUGAAAGGUCUCCCAGGGCGAGAGGUCUCUCCUUCUAAAACCGACGGAGCAGCGUUUGCUUUUGACGAUUCCUCUGCACCAAAGCUGAGAGUCAAAAACACUUCCACUCUGUCAAAGACUGCUUUUGACCAGCACCCGCUUGCCAAAGACUUGAAUCUUAAUUCACGAGAAAAGGCCCAACUCGGGCUUCUCCUCCCCAAGCAGAGAAAUCGCCGCAAGUUUUACAAAAAGUUGAAAAAGAAGUCGUUGCUGAUGAAGCAAAAGUCGUUGCCAACGAGACGGGGAUCAUUACCGGCCAGGCAAAAGUUGCUAGAGACAAAGCAAAAGCUAUUGCCAGCCAAGAAGAAGCAGUUGCCAGCGAGAAAGAAGAGACAAGAUGAUGACAUCCCGCCGGUCCCCCCUACACCAGACAUCCCAGAGUCGAUGAAGGCAACAAUCACAAGGACCAGUCUUAGGCUCCUUCAACGAAUGCGGUCGCAUCCAGAAAUCAAAACGUUUCCUCAGAUUGCCUCUGUUCUUGCUGGUGAGAAGGCCAAGUCGACCACCAAGCUGCCGAAGCCGCCUACUCGCCCCAAAGCCGCUCAUGGCCAAGUUCGAGAUAGCUUCUAUCUCCGUACGUCAUCCUUCCCCGAAGCAAGUAUUCGAACCAGCCAACAUAGCUUGUAUACUCAGCGAGCCCCUUCUACGCAGUCGGUAGACAGGGCCAGCGCCAUGAGAAAGCAAGAAGAUGCUGCCGCUCAAGAACAAGCAUCGCUGAGCAAGCCUGAAGUCAGAUAUAGCAUGUGCCAACCACGGCUAUCCAACAUGGAAUACACAAGACUCUAUCUUGUAGAGGAAGCCAACGCCAAAAAGGAGAAGCGCCCUUGCGAGCUUCCUCCUCCUAGGAAAGUUUGGCUCUGGGGUCCUCGCUGGGAAGAGUUUCUCGUGUUGCCCAAGCUUCCAGCAGCCAUCAGACGCCGGUUUUCCCUCAAUAAUGGUGGUGAAGAGAAGAAGCCCAUGGAUUUGGAGCCACUCGUCCAGGGACAUGAUUCGGAUGCCGACUCCGUGGAGACUGUCAAGGGAAAGUCAUCUGUACCUGCUAAACCUCCUCGCCUGUCUUUGAAUCUUGAUACUAUAGCUUACUCUCUGAUGCACUUGGUAUCCGAGGAGCCUGAAAAGGCAAACCGGAUUUUAGGCAGGCCGCAGAUCCAUAAAGCUGUGCAGGAUUCGGGCCAGGAAAGCCCGGUGUUGGGCCAUUUCGCUCCCGAAUAUGUGACGCAAAACUGCGUAUCGAAUAUUGACAAGGCUGAAGAUUCUCUUCCCACACCAACAACGUCCUCCUCGUCUACUGGCGAAAGUGAAGAAGAAGACUUGUACUCUGACGAUCGACAUCUGUGGCCACCCCCAAUCUGUCAGCGAGGCGCGUGGCUUGAUCCCUCUUCACCGACUGAAGAAGUCACCGAAUCCGUGCGUGACGAAGGAGACAGCAUUGAGAAUACGACACCGCAGCUCAGUGAUGACACCUUUGAAACAUCCUCCAUCUAUUCGGAUGAUAGUGCUAGGACUGCCGUGUUUCUUGGCAACAGCAGCAAGGAAACUGAGGAUGCUCCCAAAACUCCCCAGACAGCUCGCCGCCAUCCUGAGCAGCUUGGUGAAGCAUCACCUGUGCGCACUGGUAUUCCAUCUAGCUACAGCUGUGCCUCGUUCAACUCACUGACGUCCGAUCACUCCUCGCUGACGCAUUUCCCCAUCUCAGCCGAACAAAGAUCGAGGGCCACCACAGAAGAGAUGGUGCAGGAUAUCCUUCGCCAGUCAGGCGGCCGCCUCUGUGUUGAUGACGCCCGCCAAGUUCAGUUGGUGGAGAGAAAGCAUAGUGCCGAGAUUCAAGCCUCAUCGGCUGAUAUUUGGAAUACCAACGAGUAUAUGGAACCAGAGCUUCAGCCUGCCCCCCUUAAUCUAUACAAGAAGCCCUCUAUCGCGAAGCCGAAGCGAAGUUUGCCUGAGCCAGCUUUGAAGUCCAAGAUGAAUCCCGAUGUUCUUCAAAGCAUCCAGCCGUUCAUAUAUACACCCAAGCCAAGCAACUUGGUGAGUGAGGGUCCUCAGAAGUUCCAUGAGAAAAUCAAGUCUUACGAAUCUGGCUUCGUGCCUCUGCCCGGAUCUCUUCUUUACGAGGCUGAUAGGAGUAUGAACAGUAUUAUACUCCCGCGAAAUCUAUCGAAUAGCUCCAACUCGAGUAGUUCCAUUUCGGGCAUCAUCACUCCAUCCAAACUCGGUCCAGCCAAACAAACAAGCUACGCAGAUCAGCGCGCGGAGAGAGUUACACACGAACCAAGACCUUCCCGCUCUAUGAAUGAAAUAUAUGGUGCUGCUUCACCAAGCAAUGGCUCUCGGUCUCAGCAACAAAAACCCUCCCCUACUCUGAGCGAUUUGGACGAAUUCUUCGGGGUCGGUCCUUAUGAAAAGGCGUACUUGGAAAAGCAUCCAGAGGCGGCAAAACCAUUUGUCCUUCCUCCCAAGCUCAUACAGUUGCCGGAAGCACCUGUCUUUACGGCACCUACCUUUGCCGCCCCUGCCCAGGCUACACUGAUGCUUCGCCGACGAGACAAGGGCACACAGCAGCACCGCGCUCCUCCAGUGCCAGACAGGGGCACGCAGCAACUCCAGACUCCUCCACUGCCAGACAGAGGCACACAACGGCUCCAUACUCCUCUACAGCCUACGGUCCGAAGAAUCAUGGAGAGAAAGCCAAACACCUCGCUGAACGUGAGCAGCUUCGCGUUGCACAGAGCUCAAGGUAACAAGGCGACCAUCCUGCCAGUAGUUGAAGGAAGAAGCCGUGCGAACACGACCAAUACCAGGGGCCGCGACGUUGCCACCGGCCAAGACCGCGACUAUGAGGACAGCAUAUCGGAGGAGCACAUGCCACAGCAGACGUUUCUCGACGACGUUCACCGGUUCUCUCUCCAACGGUACGAUGUCAGCGCUCGUCGACCUUCGACUGCCCAUGCUCGCCCCAACACCCUGUUUGAGCAAGCCGCGCCGAUCUCGCCCGCGGAGAAUGUCGCUCCUGAAGGCAAGAAGAUCACUAACACUCCUGCUACGACGCUGGGAAAUCUCUUCCGACGGCGCAAUCGGAAUCGUAAGGAGAAUUAA